AUGCAGAGGCAGCAGCAGCAGCAGCAACAGCGGAUCGAUUCGCCGUUAGUAACCGAGCAAGCAGCAUCAGCAGCACUGUCCCUGGCAGCAGCCGCAACAGCAGCAGCAGCGGAAAUAGCAGAAGCAGCGGAGAAAGCAGCUGCAGAAGCAGCAGCAGAAGCAGCAGAAGAAGCAGCAGCAGAAGCAGCAGAAGAAGCAGCAGCAGAAGCAGCAGCAGAGGCAGCAGCAGAAGCAGCCUCAGCAGCUGCGUUCACAACGCCAGCAAACGCUGAAGACCAACCACAUGAAGAAGCAAAAGAAGCAGCUGCAGCAGCAGCAGCAGCAGAAGAACCUGCUGCAGCUGUUUCUGAUGCAGAGGAUGCAGCAACGAACACAGAUCUCGAAUCAGCACCGGAAGAAAACGACGAAAUCCUUAAAGCAACAGCAGCAGCAGCAGCAGCAGCGCCAGCAGCAGAGGCGGCAGCAGGUGGGGCCCAGGCAGCAGCAGAAACCCCAGACGCAACAGAUACAGAAGAGCAGGAAGCAAAUGAAGCACACGCAGCAGCAGCAGCAGAAGCAGAAGCAGUUUCGCUGCCAGUUGACACGCCUGAAACAUCGCCACCCACAGCAGCAGCAGCAGCACCUGCUGCUGCUGUUGCAGCUGCUGCCGCAACAGCUGCAACAGAAACCCAAGACGAGCAAAACCUAGCUGAGAAAUCCGCAGCUGCAGCAGCAGCAUCUGGAGCAGCAGAAGCAGCAGCAGCAGCAUCGGCAGCAGCAGCCGCAGCAAUAAAAAGUGGAGUGGUGAAUGCGACUAGAAGGGCAACGGCCCUUAAAGGGGAAGCAGCAGCAGCCACUGCAGCAGCAGGAGCUGCAGCAGCAGCAGCAGCUGCCGCUGCUGCUGCUGCCGAUGUGCAAGCUGUAGCAGCAUCCGCAGCAGCAGCAAAAGCAAAGGCCUCAAAGGACGAAGCAAUCAACAUAGCAGCUGCAGCGGAAGCAACUGCAGCAGAGGCAGCAGCAACUAUUGUACAGAGGGAAGCAGCAGCAACAGCAGUCACGGCAGCAGCAGCAGCAGUUGAAAAGUGCAGUCGUACCGCAAGCAUUACAGCAGCAGAAGCUGCUGCUGCAGCUGCCAAGGCAGCAGCUGCAGCAGCAGCUGCUGCUGCAGCAAAGGCGAGACAGGCAGAGACAGAAGCAAUUGAUAUAGCUGCUACCGCAGAAGCAACAGCAGCAGCUGCUGAAGAAGAUGCCACUGCAGCAACUGCACCGACUGCAGCAACAGCAGCAGCAGCAGCAGCAGCUGAAGCAAUACCCUUAGAGGCCAGAGAGGCAGCAGCAGAAAGGCAGCAAGCAGCAGCAGAUGACGAAGCUGCAGAUGCCCUCGCAGAAGCAGCAGAAGCAGCAAAUGCAAAAGCAGCAGAGGCAGCAGAAGUAGCAUUAGCAGCAAGUGCUGCAGCACAGGCAGCCGCAGCAACAGCUAUAGCGGCAAAUGAUGAGGCAGCUGUGAAUGAAGCAGCAGAAGAGGCUGCUGCUGAAGCGGAUGCUGCUUCUGCUGCUGCAGCAACAGAAGCAGAAACAUCACAGGCUGAUGGAUCUGAAUGCCUAAGUGCAGCAGAGGAGGCAGAAAAAGAGCCGACAGCAGCAGCAGCAGCAGCAGCAGCAGCAGAAGCAGAAGCAACGGCGGAUGUACCUACUGAAGGUACAGUGGCGCAUCUGAUGCCGGAAGAAUCAGAGAGUAAUGAGCAAGAGCGAACUGCUGCUGCAGCAGCAGCAGCAGCAGCAGCAGCAGCAGCAGACGCAGAAGCAGCAGCAGAAGCAGAAGCAACAGCAGAUGUGCCUGCUGAAGGUACAAUGGCGCACCUUAUGCCACAAGGAACAGAGAGGACUGAUCAGGAACGAACUGCAGCAGCAGCAGCAGCAGCAGAAACAGAAGCAGCGGCAAGGGCAUCUGCUGCUGACGCUGCAGCAACAGCAGCAGAUGCUGCAGGCGCUGAGACAGAAGAUGCAGAUCCGCAGGAAAAUGGCUCAGUUGACUCCGCAGUUGCUGCAGCAGCAGCAGCAGCAACGAACAGUAGGCCUGGAGAUGAAGAGGAAGCGGCAGAGUUAACAGCAGAAGCAGCAGAAGCAAGAGCAGCAUUAGCAGAAGCAGCAGAAGCAAGAGCAGCAGCAGUAGAAGCAGCAGAAGCAGCAGAAGCAACAGCAGCAGCAGUAGAAGCAGCAGAAGCAGAAGAAGCAGAAUCAGAAGCAGCAGAGGCAACAGAAUCAACAGAAUCAGAAGCAGCAGAGGCAGGAGCAGCAACAGAAGCAGCAGGAGCGGAGGAAGCAGCAGAAGCAACAGAAGCAGCAGAAGCAGCAGAGGCAGCAGAAGCAACAGCAGCUGCACGAGCAACAGAAGCAGCAAUCGCACAAGAAGCAGCAGAAGCAGCAGAAGCAGCGGAAGCAGCAGAAAUAGUGGAAGAAGCAAAAGCAGCGGAACUCACGGGAGCAGCAGAAGCAGAAGCAGCAGCAGCGACAGCAGCAGCAGCAGCAGAAAAAGGUCAAAGAGCAGCAGAGACUGUACCCGACAACAGAGAAGCCGAAGCAAGGGCAGCAGCAGCACCAGUGGCAAGAGCAUCAACAUCAGCAGCAGCAAAAACAGCAGAGAAGUUAGCAGCAGCAGCAGCUGCUGCUGCUGCUGCAGCAAUGGCCGCAGCAGAUGUGCGCCUGCGUGAAGCGGGAAAAGCCCAAAAAGAGAAGGACGAAACAGCAGCUGUCGCACCAGCAGCAGCAACGGGACCAACGGCAGCAGCAACAGUAACAGCAGCAACAGCCGCAACAGCAGCAACAGCAGCAGCAGCAGCAACAGCAACAACAGCAGCAACAGCAGCAGCAACAGCAGCAGCAACAGCAGCAACAGAGCCAAGUCAAAAUGGGGAAGAAAGCCUGUCCUCUGUGCUCUCUGUGGAGGAGACGAUCAAGCGUGGAGACAGUGCAGCAGAAGCAGCAGCAGCAGCAGCAACAGCAGCAGCAACAGCACCGGACCAAGCAGCUUCAGCAGCAGAAGCUGUUGAGGCAAGCUUGCGGCUGGUAUCUUCUGCUGCUGAAGCAACUAUUGGAGCUCGGCGGCGGGUCUCAGAGGCAGCAGCACGUGCUGCUGCAUGUGCUGCUGCUGCUGCUGAUAAGUUCAGGGAGACAGCAACAGCAGCGCAGCAAUGCAAGAUCACGGAGCAGCGCUGUGCUGCUGCAGAAAGGGCCGCAGCAACUGCUGCAGAACAGACAGCAGCUGCAGCAGAGGAAUCUGCUGCGCUGCUGCUGCAAACCACAGAAACUGAGGGCAAGAUGCAGCAGCUUGCUGCAGCUGCUGCUGCUUCGCUUCGGGAGGCUGAAGAAGCAGCAGUUGCUGCAGGCGCUGCAGCAACAGAUGCGCAGCAGCAGCAGCAGCAGACGCAUGCAUGCAAAGAAGCAGCAGAGGCGGCAGCAAAGGGCGCCGGCGAUGCUGCUGCAGAAGCUUCUCGUUUGCUGGAAGAGACGCAGCAGCAACAAAGUGCUGCAGCUGCAGCAGUGAAGGAGGUACAGGCAGCGGCUGCAGCAGCAGCUGCAGCAGCAACAGCAGCAAGAGCUUCAGCAGCAGCAGCAGCUAAGCAGGAGGAGGCGCUGCUAAAGGAGAUUGCUUCAUCAGCAGCAGCUGCUGCUGCAGAGGUGCAACAGCAUGCAGCUUCUGCCCGUCAGCACGCGGAGUCUGCAGCAGCAGCAGAGUCCGCUGCAGCAGCUGCAGCAGCAGCAAAAGAAGCUGCUAAUACUGUUGCGCUGCGGCUGCAGCAAACAAAAGAUGAUGCCAUUGCAAUUCAAGCUAAAUCCGCGGAGACGCAGGAAGCAGCAGCUGCUGCUUCCACUUCUGCUGCUGCAGCAGCGCAGCACUUAAGAGUCUGUGCUGCUGCGGCUCAGCGCUCGCAGCGCUUUGAAAAGGAUGCUGCUGCUGCUGCUGCUGCGGCAGAGCAGCAACAGCAGAAUGCAGCAGCAGCAGCAAAUGACAUCGAAACGCACAGACAGCAGGCUGCUGCUCACUCUGCAGCAGCAGAGAAGCACUUGAGCAGUGCUGCUGCCGGGGCAGAAGCUGCUACGCAGCAUGUAGCAGCAGCAGCAGCAGCUGCUGCUGCUGCUGCUGGGAAGUGCCAGCAAGCUGAGGAAUCGCAGGAGCUGGCUAAGACAGCAGCAGCAGCAGCGCAGGAAGCGCUUGAUGCUGCCAAGGAGCUUGUGUCUGCCGUUGAGCAGCAGCAUGCUGCUGCAGUUGCUGCUGCUGCUGCUGCUGCUGCUGCAGCAAGAGCCACGCAGCAGCAAGAGGAGUACAUCAGCUCAGCGGCUGCAGCAGCUGCAGAAGCAGCAGCGCAGCUGCAGCAGCAAGCCAAGAGAGGCGCGGAAGCAAAGUGGGUGUCUGCUACCUCUGCUAAAAUGGAGUCCCAAAAAGCAGCAGCAGAAGCUGCUGCUGGAGCCGCUGCUGCGCAGCAGCAGCAGCAGGCGGUGGAAGCAGCAGAUGCAGCGAAGAAGACAGAAGAGGCAGCUAAGCAAGGAGAUGCUGGCGGUGCAGCUGCUGCUGCAGCUGCUGCUGCACUUAGUACGGGGCAACUUGCUUCUACCGAUGCUGCUGCUGCUGCUGCUGCUGAAGGAGGUCAACAGGGACUGGACAUGGAGGAGAGUCUAGCAGCAGCAGCAGCAGUUGCCGCCACUGCUGCUCAAACGCAGCAGCACCGAGAAGCAGCUGCAGCACAUGCUGAAGCAGCACAAAAGUACAAGGAGACAGCAGCACACACAGCAGCAGAGCUGCAGCAGCAAGUUCAGGAGGCAGCAGCAGAAAUACGCGAGUGGGAGUCCGCAGCUGCUGCUGAAGUGCAGGCCCUGAAGGAAGCAACAACGGCUGCUGCUGCUGCCGCUGCUGCUGCUGCACAACAACAGCAGCAAGCGAUUGAAGCAGCAGACCGUGCUAAUAAAGCAGCUGCUGCAGCACAGGAGGCUGCUGCAGCUGUCGCUGGGUCUGCAGCCGACAUGGAGCAGCAACGUCUUGCGGCAAAAGCAGCAGCUGCUCCUGCUGCUUCUGCCGCUGCGGUGGCUGCUGCUGCUGCAGGCACUGCAGACGCUGCCGAUGAAGAGAAAAGGGAGAAGCAGCUGCAGCAGCUGCAGCAGCUGCAGCAGCUUGCUGUUGAGGCAGCCGCAGCUGCAGCAGACACGCAGCAGCAAAGGGCCACAGCAGAGUCCGAUGCAGCAGCAGCCCAGCAGCACAAGGAAGCAGCAGCAGAAUGUGCUGCUGCAGCAGAAUCUGCAGCCAUGAGGUGUAUGGCCACUGCAGCACAGCUGCGAAGGCUAAUUGACGGAGCAGCAGCAGCUGCUGCUUCCGACAGGCUGCUGCUGCAGCGGUCUUUCAAAGCAGCAGUAGCAGCUGCAGCACAGUCGCAGCAGCAGGUGGAGGCGAUUCGCGCAGCAGCAGCAGCAGCAGCAGCAGAAGUCAUCAGCCACAGAAAUGCCUCAGCUGCAGCACAGGAGGAGGCUCUGACUGCAGCGGCAACAGCAGCAGACGCAGCGGCUGCUGCUGCUGCUGCUGCUGGUGCGGUCCAGACAGCAGGCCGCAUAGCGUCGCGAGGAGCAGCAGCAGCAACUGUUGCUGCUGCUGCUUCUCUCGAUGCCUCUGAGCAAGCUAAAGAAUCCGCGGCCACAGCAGCAGCAACAGCAACAGCAGCAGCAAAUGCAGCAGCAGCGGAUGCGGAGCGCGACAAAAGCGCUUCCUGCGCAGCAGCAAUGGAGGCAGCAGAAGCAGCAGCAGCUGCUGCUGCAGAGAGAGCCUCUGCAGCCGAGGCAGCAGCAGCAGCAGCAGCAGCACAGGCAGCCAGAAGCGAAGAGGCCUGCGUUACUGCAGCACAAGGGGCCCUUGCCUCUGUUGCGGCGGCAGAAACAGCAGUAAGAGCUGAAAGGGUAGCA